AUGGAGCAUGGCUACAGAGCCAAUGUUGUCAAUGUCAAAAGUCUUAGUGUCAAAUAUUGUUGUCUAUUCCUUUUCCUGUUAAAUUGUCUCCUGAGAGAAACAAAAAUGGGUCGUUACUCUCGGGAACCUGAUAAUCCAGCAAAGUCAUGCAAAGCGCGUGGCUCAAAUCUUCGUGUUCAUUUCAAGAACACUUAUGAAACAGCAAUGGCUAUCAGGAAACUACCCCUGCGCCGUGCUGUCCGUUACUUAAAAAAUGUGACUGAACAGAAGGAAUGCAUUCCUUUCCGCCGUUUCAACGGUGGUGUUGGUCGUUGCGCACAGGCCAAACAGUUUGGCACUACACAGGGACGUUGGCCCAAGAAAUCUGCAGAAUUCCUACUUCAGUUGCUCAGGAACGCUGAGUCUAAUGCUGACUACAAAGGCUUGGAUGUUGACAGGCUUGUCAUUGACCACAUUCAGGUAAACCGCGCCCCCUGCCUCCGAAGACGUACAUACCGUGCGCACGGUCGUAUUAACCCUUACAUGUCGUCGCCCUGCCACAUCGAGGUGUGUCUGAGUGAGCGCGAGGAUGCUGUAGCACGCGCAGCGCCCGCUGACGACGCGCCUGCCAAGAAGAAGUUGUCCAAAAAGAAGCUUGCUCGCCAGAAGGAAAAGAUGAUGAGGGAAUAG